AUGUCUCUGUCCGCACCCCGCCGUCGCGCAAACUCGACCAGAGAACCCAAGGCGCUGACGCCGCUUGCAGUCGGGAUUCACAGGCGCUCACGCGAGCUAUACUCGUAUUCUUCGUCCGAGGACGAGCAGCUGCGUACGCCUCCGUUGACACCGCCUGCACCACGCCCGCACAAGAAACACCAUCUUCGACAUCGCUCCGCCAGUGCUGCUGCCUCCAUCUCGGACAUCGGGCCGGUCUUCUACCCCGUCCUCUGCGUCCCGUUCGCCUGCAAUUCACCAAUCCUGGCCGGCUCAGCACCCCCUCCGUACUCGCCCACACCGCCUAUCCUACCACCACCUCCGGCACUUGCCGCCGCACCUGCGCCAAUCGCGUCCGGAUCUGCACCGCGCGCGAACAGGCCACACAAGAGCCGCAGCACACCACAACUCCAUCAGCUCGGUGCACUCAGCCGAACAGCGCCGCCGGAUAGCGAGGUAGACAGCGAAGAAUGCGCGGACGAAAGCAGUGAUGCGGGCGGACUAUACACUGCUCGGGAGGGUCUGAGAGCGCGAUACGGCGGAAGCGUGGGUAGGAAUGCGGGCAGAGCCAUCACCACUGCUCCCGGAAGAGCGUGUGCGGGAGAGACGGAGACAGAGGCAGACGAACCGUCCCGCCGCCUCCCAACAGCACGGCUCACUCCGCAUAGUGGUCCGCUCGUACCGCCAAGCACCUUGAUCACGUUCGUUUUCGAAGCGUCACGCCUUCUAUCUAUCGUCCCCGCCGUUCUCGGCGUGCUGUAUAACUUAUACUUCGCUUUAUACCUUCCCACAACGUCUUCGACUGGGAACUUACCUCGCCUCUCUCGCGUGGACUAUGCUGUAUCUGCCCUAUGGGCCGUCCUCACGGGUUGGCAAUGCCUAUACCUCACUACCGGCCUUCUCGUCCGAUGGCGCGUCUACUACCCGCCUCUCGCCACCUUGGUCCGCCUCCUCGCGCUUCAAGCGCUCUGCUGGCCCCUCACCCACGCAACUCUGACCGUCCUCAAUAAUGAAGUCCGCCCACUCGCAUGCUGGGCCGUCAUCGGCACCACUACCUGCAUAUCACGGUCCGUGCAGAUCUGGGUCACCAGCAACCUAUGGUGGUCCGGUGACGACGCUGGUGCAGAUGGCGGAUGGAAGCUCAAGCUGGGCGGACGAUGGGGUGGACGCCGAUGGGACUGGCGAGAGGUCACUCGACGAUGCCUCGUACCGAUGGGUAUCUGCUACUUCGUCAUGGCUUGGGCGGAGGUGUUCAGGAGGGAGUGGGAGGCGUGCUGA